GGCGUCCCGCAGCAGCGUCGCGCCCUCUUCUUCGAGCUCCGGUUCCAAGGCCAGCUCUCGGGCCAGUGACAGCCGCACAACCGCUCGUUGGUCACCACCCAAACUCCACUCGCCACCGGCGCCCACAACCAUGGCGGCGCACGCGCUGCUCACCGUGCCGCACGCGACCGCCGGCGCGCGACUGGCCGCACCACUUUUCACCCCGGCCGCGACCAGGCCGAGCCUCUGCCGCGCGAACUGCCGGCCCGGCUCCCUCACCAACCAGCAGCAGCGGCUGCGCCACCUUCACCCUGCCGCUGCGGCCACCAAGCCCGGAGCCAUAGGGAGCGCCGCGGAGGCUGCUGCGGCGCCGGCGGAGGGGCUCGUGGGGUCGCUCCAGGGGGUGGAGGUGUUCGACCUGAGCGGGAAGGCGGUGCCCGUCGCUGAUCUGUGGAGAGACAGGAAGGCUGUGGUUGCGUUCGCCCGUCAUUUCGGGUGUGUUCUAUGCCGAAAGAGGGCCGACCUUCUGGCGGCUAAGCAGGAGGCAAUGGAAGCUGCAGGAGUAUCUCUUGUUUUAAUCGGACCAGGUACUGUUGAACAGGCAAAGGCGUUUUCUGAUCAAACCAAAUUCAAAGGAGAAGUAUAUGCCGAUCCAGAUUACUCAUCAUAUAAGGCUCUGGAAUUUGCCAAUGGCUUAUUCUCAACAUUUACUCCAUCGGCGGGUCUGAAGAUUAUACAACUGUACAGGGAAGGAUACAGGCAGGACUGGGAACUGUCAUUUGAAAAGAACACCAGGACGAAAGGCGGAUGGUAUCAAGGGGGGCUCCUUGUUGCAGGCCCAGGCAUCGACAACAUCUCCUACAUCCACAAGGUGACGCACACAUGGUAUUUGAUGCAGAAGCUCCGCCCGGACGCCUCCAUCCUCGCCUCCCUCCGCGCCCUCGCCUCCGCCGCCUCCAAAUCCAAGCCCGCGGCCGCGUCCUCAGCCGGAGCGAAAGCCCUCUCCGAGGACGACCCGGCCUCCGCCUCCUCCAACUACAUCGUGGUCGCCGACCAGGACACCACCUCCGUCACCUCCCGCAUCAACCGCCUCGUCCUCUCCGUCGCGCGAAGCAUCCUGGCUGGCCGCGGCUUCUCCUUCGCCGUCCCCUCCCGCGCCUCCUCAAACCAGGUAUACCUCCCGGACCUCGACCGCAUCGUGCUCCUCCGCCGCGAGUCCGCGAGGCCCUUCGCCAACGUCGCCACCGCGCGCAAGGCCACCGUCACCGCGCGCGUCCUCUCCCUUGUCCACGCCGUCCUGCGCAGGGGCAUCCACGUCACCAAGAGGGAUCUCUUCUACACCGACGUGAAGCUCUUCGGCGACCAGUCCCAGUCGGACGCCAUCCUCGAUGACGUCUCCUGCAUGCUUGGAUGCACCCGCUCGUCACUCCAUGUCGUCGCCUCUGAGAAGGGCGUUGUGGUUGGCCGCCUCAUUUUUGCUGAUGACGGCGACGUCAUCGACUGCACGCGAAUGGGCGUCGGCGGUAAGGCCAUCCCGCCCAACAUUGACAGGGUGUCAGGCAUUGAGAGCGACGCUCUGUUCAUCUUGCUUGUGGAGAAAGAUGCUGCUUUCAUGCGCCUCGCCGAGGACCGGUUCUACAACCGUUUUCCGUGCAUCAUAUUGACAGCAAAGGGCCAGCCGGAUGUUGCCACCAGGUUGUUCUUGCGCCGGCUUAAGGUAGAGCUGAAGCUGCCGGUGCUCGCAUUGGUGGACUCUGAUCCAUAUGGGCUCAAGAUCUUGUCCGUGUAUAUGUGCGGCUCCAAGAACAUGUCAUAUGACAGUGCCAAUCUUACAACGCCAGAUAUCAAGUGGCUCGGCGUGCGGCCAAGUGAUCUGGACAAGUACAGGGUACCGGAGCAGUGCCGGCUUCCCAUGACUGAUCACGAUAUCAAGGUAGGAAAAGAGAUGCUAGAGGAAGACUUCGUGAAGCAAAAUGAAGGGUGGGUGAAGGAGUUGGAGACGAUGUUGCGAACAAAACAAAAGGCUGAGAUUCAGGCUCUCAGCUCCUUUGGGUUCCAGUACCUGACUGAGGUAUAUCUACCCCUCAAGCUGCAGCAGGAGGACUGGAUUUGAGAUCUCUUCUGAUGGCAGCUGCAGAUGAUUUAGAGAAAGAGCAGCUUGAUCGAGGAGCAUCAAUUUAACACCUGCGGGGGGCUAGCUUAAAAAUAUCUCAUCUGUGCCGCGUAACAUUUGUGUGGCAGUCCCUUUGUAUGAUUUUAUGUAUUUGAAAAACCGUAUGUUGUGUACUUGUGAGACCUUUAUUUAGAAGUAUCUGCAUCCGUGGAAUUGGAUA